GUUUAGUAAAUUCUAAAGAGUACAGCGGAGUAGUUAGCGGCGCUCGAGGAUGUGCUGCAAAGGCAGGCCAAAAGCAUAGAGCAAGUGCAGAAAAGCGCAUUUGAAAGCAGAGCCAAGGGAUUGGUGGUGGAGAUGCAGAGAGAGAGUGGGCAAGGGAUUCUAAUUUUAAAGCUGCAGCAGAAAAGCAGAAGAAAUUGCACAUCCAGUAAACAAAGAACUCCGGACACGAUCGGUCGAUCGCGGUAAUAUGCCACACGUAAUCGGUUUGUGCUAUCUUUUUGUUGUUCGUUUUGGUUUUUUUUUUUUUGUUUGUCAACUGGCUAUAAUGUGUGGACUGAUGAUGAUGUUAACGGCGAUGAUGGUGCUUGAUUGUUGAUUGAACUUUUGGGAGAAAUAAAAGCUGUGAACACUUGGUGUCAGCAGUGUGUUGGUUGUGUGUUGCUCAAGCAAUGGGAGUUGGUGAAGUUGCAUUUGAAAACUAUUCUACUUAAGCGAAAAUUUAGCAGCUGCCUCUAACAAGUAGACGACGUCGCUGCACGCGUAGCAUAAACUUCAAGGUGAACUGUGAAGCAAAAAUAAAGGAGGAAAAGCCUAAGCGCGUAGCAUCGCAGACGGAAAGGGCGAAGAACGUCAACGCACUCUGGUGCACCAGUCGCUCAUUGGUGGUGCUGGUGGUCUGCUGUUGCUGCUGCUGCUGCUGCAGGCAAACAAAAACCUACAAAAUCUAAGCAGUCGAAAAAGAAAAAGACGACGUUAAUGGGCAACCGAAAGAUUGCACUUGUAUGGAAUUCAAGGGUCUCGCUACAAUAAAAAAAACAGACAAUUAAACUGUCUUAUAUACAAACGAGUAAAUAGAAUAAUAACCGGCAACAUAGACAAUGGCUAAAACGCGAAUAAAAACAACGCCGAUGCGCUUGAAAAAGGAUGCGUUAAUGGCAACAACUGCCAGAACCGCUGCCGCCAUAACAAAAUCCGACACUACAACAGCAACGACGUGUCACAUUGCAGCACCGCUGAACGAUGCCAAGAAACGCUUCCGUCAAUCGGCAGUUCUGGCUAAUUCCGUGCACAGCGGUGGCGGCUCAUCGACGAUCAUUGUUACAGCACCGAAACGUACAAAUUCCAUUUCAUCAGUCGCCUCAUCCAUUUCGCAGAUCAGCGAUGCAAACUCUGACACCGAAUCGCCUCCACCACAAACAGCGCUAAAAAUGUCAACAACAACAACAACAACAACAACAGCAGCAGCAACGACAAAAUCUUUACUCACCUCACAUAUUUCUUCUCAGGCGCCGCCACGUACACUGAACAGUUUGCUGUGCAAACAUACAAAUGCCAUUUCAACGUUACGUAAUCGCAAAGUAUUUAUGAUCACUGAAAAAUCGGAUGAACCCAAAGGAGCGGAAACGUCCACAACGGCAGCGGGUGGCGGUGCAACAUCGGGGCAGAAGAGAAAAAUGUAUCUAAUCAUGGAGGAGAAUAGCUGUCCAGAAGACUGUCCAGGCGGGACUGAGGAAGGUGGUAAUUUAGCUAAUGAUGGCCAAAAUUAUGUAAAAAGAGAGAACGGUCUGAUUGUAGGCGCAGCAGGUGGUUCAAAAAAGUUGACACUCUUUGCUGACAAAGCAGAUAGUGGCGUGCUGACGGAGAAGUUUGAGAAGAUAUUGCCAGAGAUAUUGAAUCGUAUACAGGCCAAAGAUACGUCUGCGGCGCCGAUGGUGGCGAACGUGACGCCGCCGCCGCCGCCGCCGCCCCCGGUGGCCACAUCGAAACUACUGAACGGCAUUACUGCCAAUUUAAAUAUCGUUAAGUCUGAACCCGUACAACCACAACCACAACCACAACAACAACCACAACAUAACUUAAAAAAGACGACUGAAGAAACCAAUGAAAGACUACCAAUUACACUGCCACCAAAAAAGAAUCGCACAAAAAUUAUUUCAACAAACAGCAGCAGCAGCAACAACAACAUUUCGCAGAACGGUAGCAACAUUGUUGUUAACCCUUUUAGUGACAACUUUAAUAGCGGCACCGGCAGCAUUUGGGGCAACUUUAGCAACAGUAACAACAACAACAACAACAACAAACAACAACAUAAAAUUGGCACACAAUGUCAAAUUAAGCAGAUAUCUGCUGCUACGCCGGUCAUUGUGUCGGCGCCGGUCAAUGUGGCUGCGCGCAACAACAACAACAACCACAGCAACAAUGACAGUGCACCCGUAAUAAAGCGCUUCGCUCCACACAAUAUCAAUCACAACACCAACAACAACAACACAAACAUUAGUUAUGCAAGUAAUGCGAGUCAAGCUAAUGGUCCAGCUACCACAUCCAUGGCUCAAGUAGAGCUGGUGCCUCAUAAGAACAUCAAUUUGUCCACUGAUUUUCACUUUCUGAUCAAAAUGCUGCCCAAGCUGGAAAGCAUUCCAGAGCCACAUAAAAACAAUGUAAAGAAUUGCAUCGAGAGGAUAAUCACACAAAAUGCGAACAUAUUUGCCAAACAGUAGUAGCGGUCGGUGCUGUUGCCACAAGUUUACAAUUAGUUAAUAAUACGUGUGAAUAAAAUACAAACACAUGAAGACUAUAAAAAUAUUCUUUAUAUACAAACGUAGCUAUAUAAACGUAGUUAUUGAGUUUUGUAUUCUAAAACAUUGAAGUUUAUUUAAUUUAAGUGAGUGCACUUUCUUUUGAAGAGUCAACGCAUUUUUUACAAACGAAUGUACGGCAUUUGCUAGAAUAGUUUGUUUACGAAUAUCAUAUGUAAUAAGAUAUUUACGAUUUUGAAACGUAUUUUAGUUUAAGUUUUGCAUAUAAAGUGUGCAUAUAUAUGUGUACAACAGUUGUCCAAAAAAUAAUAGUAGGGCGAUAUUUUGAUUUGAGUUUUGGCUAUUUGUCUAUUAUUUAUUUAAUGUUUAU